AUGCGAUCACUGCUGGAAGUAUUGUCGAACAGUAUGUCCAGAAGAUAUCUGGUUAGUGGGAAGUUGGAAAACAAUGGUCGAGAGUUGAACGUCAAGGAAUUUGGCGAACGAGUUGCGUACGUGAAUGCUAUGGAUGCAUAUCCAUGGCUCACCGUAGCUCAGACCUUGCGCCUAGCAAGCUCAUUCAUCUCACCGACUACUAAUGCUUUCAAAAGCACUGAGAUGGUCGAGCAACUGAUCGAGACCCUAGCUUUGUCGCCGUAUCGCAAUUUCUUGUGUGGCGAAUUGGGCAGAACCGAGAAGCAGCGGCUGAAACUUGCAAUAGAAAUUUUGAAGGAUACCGAUGUGCUGCUGACGGACAAUGUGACCAAAGAUAUGGAUCUGUACGAUAUGGCGUUUGUUAUUGAUUACGUGCGUGACUGGGCCAUCAAGCUCAGUCGAACAGCUGUUAUGGCUAUUCAGCCACCAACCCUGGAAAUUUUAACCAUGUUCCGUAAAGGCAAUGAUAAUAAUAAAUAG